AUGGACCUGAGGAGACGUAACAAUAGUCAUUUGGUUAUCGCGUGCACGCUGGCAUUGGGUAUCCUCAUCUGUAUGCCCGUCACUGUUCGCUCGUUUACCAGAGGUCGCUGUUUCCUGCCACCAGACGAAGGCAGUUGCGGAAAUCGAUUGACUCUGAGAGUAAAAUACUACUUUGACUCGACUAAUGACGACUGCUCGGAAUUCAUUUACUUCGGUUGUGGUGGCAACGAUAAUCGAUUUGACACAUUCGAAGAAUGCGAAAACGUGUGCAUAUUCUAUGGGUUUUAA